GCAUCAGCUAUCGUAUAAAGCACGUUUGUCGUAUGGGAAUUACUAGUGCAUAGUACACUGACAAAACAGCGCUGCUGUGAUAACAUCAGUCGACAUGUCUGCCACCACGAUCAUGUAGUUUGUGAACACAGCCGAUAAACGAGGCCAUAUAGCGUGACACGAGACGUGCAUUGCACGUGCAGGAACUGAUCGCAUGAGAUAAUAUUAUAUUAUGCAGGAUGAAUGGAGCUGGAAACUUAUUCUGCUCUUUGGUCGUCUGUAUUGUCAUUUUUGGAAUAACUAGCGGAAGAAAGUUAUCAAAGUGUGGCAAAUGUGAUGAGAGUCGUUGUCCGAUUCUGCACUAUUGUGUCGGCGAUGUCGUCAAGGACCACUGUGGGUGUUGCGCAGUAUGCUCCAGCGACGUCUACCAGCCAACCAAGAAAAAAAACGGAGCCUGUGAGCAGGUGAAGUGUCCCAAGUUCAAAGUAUGUGUGGAGAACAUGCAGGGGCUGCCUCUGUGCACGUGCCCCAGUGACUACAUCUGCCGCAGCAGACGACAGCGAGAGGUGUGCGGCACCGACAACAUCACGUACACAUCACGGUGUCACUUGCGCAUUGCCGCUUGCAACAUUGGAAAACGUAUCAGGGUCAGCCACAAGGGGCCUUGCGACGUUCAACAAGACGCAGCAGGUGUAGAAGAGAAGAAGAAGAAACGACGAAAGGCUAAAAGGAAGAAUAAAAAGAAUAAAAAAUCGAAAAAUGCUAAAGCAAAGAGGAGGAAUAAGAGAAGGGAACGAAGACGAAACAAUAAAUCCAUUCGGAAGAAGCGACGAUACAGAAACGGUAAACUCCGAUUUGAACAGACAUUUGGGCAUUAUAAGUGGAAAUCCUAGACGUGUAGUAGCUACUGGACAUAUCGGACAGGGCAUACAAGUGGAUGUAUAUUUGUCAUUAAAUGUUAGUGCUAUGUCUACGUUGCAUUGAUACAGCUCGUUCCGUUUGUAUUAUUCGUAUCACGUGGAUCCCUACUUUUGCGGAAACCACGUCAAUCAGACGACUGGUUGAUAUGACCUAUUAGAAGAUGCCACGUUUUGUGUUAAAUGGGUAACAGUGACCACAUAGAGACGUGAUAUGUCGAUCCUAUGGAUUUUAUGUUUGAGACAUCCUCGGUUGUGCGUGAAUUUUUAACUCCACGAUCUGAGAAGUACCUUGAGACCACUUGACAUAACAUCAUUUGUCUGAAUAACGCUCUUAAAAAAAACAGAGCCCUGAUGACCUGUCGAAAGUCAGCGUUCUUCAAGGUGUCUGAUUCGCCGAGACAAACUGGGCUUGUGUUUGGUGUCAUGGUACCGAAUCUCACGAAAGGAUUGAGGAACUAUGUUUUGUAUUUCAUUGGCAAAGCGCGCAUUCAUCGACGAGACCAGUCUGGUGACCCAUGGCGUAUUAAUCCCAAAGUGCACCAAUCACAACAUGGACGUAAAUAAUACCAUGAAUUCAGAGGAUGUGUUUGAGAUUUGACUUCAAAUAUAGAUGGAUAUGAUAUGACGUUACUUACUUAACCGCGUCCUUAGCAUUCUGACCCCGCCAUCAUGAUAUAUAGUGUAUCUUAUUAAGAAUUCUUUAAGUGAAAUAUCACAGUCAAUAGCGAGCAUUCAACACACCUUAUUUGUUAGUCAUACAUUGCAACCUCGUUAGUCGGGACCGCGUUAAACCGGAAACGCGCUUUCCGCACUAGUGCUGUCGGGAACGGCUAUAUAAACUUAAGGAGAUUUGACAACGUAUCCGUGAUUCGUUAACCCGGACAUUAGUUUAUCCGGACAAUUGCAAAAGAAGGUUGAGUCCGGAUUAACGAGGUUUCACUGAAUCAGCAUCUUGUUUGAAAGUGAUCGCUUUCUGUACAUCACAAUACUCACUAUAUACUAGACGUCAAAGUAUCUGUGUUAUAUUCAAACAGGAAAUAAACGUUUUUAUUCCGUUAA